AUGCGAAUCGCCAGAGUUCUGGUUAGGUUCCAGGUUGUCUUGUUUCGUGAAGACAUUUUGUGGCUCAAAAUGAAAUUUAACUUGGGUGUUGGCGAUGAGCAGUUGCUACAGCUUUUGUCUGACCUCCUCAAAAAGGACAGACAGCAGUGGAAGGCCAAAUUUUUCCGUAGGCAUGGAGAUACAAAUGUUACAGGUUGCCAGCGGGAUUGGGCUGCUUCCUGGUUGGUGAGCAUCAAUAGGAAUUUCCAGUUUACACCAGAAACCUUAUCAUUGGCCCUGAGUCUCAUGGAUCGGUUUCUCAAUUCUGUUAAGGUGCCACCUAAGUAUCUCCAUUGUGUGGGGAUAUCUUGCUUCUUCCUGGCAGCAAAGACAAUGGAAGAAGAUGAGGUUGUUCCCAACACCCAGAUUUUGGCAGCAGAAAGUCAGUGUGGCUGUAGCGUGUCCGAGAUUCUACGCAUGGAGAGAGAAAUUCUCAGCAAACUUGAUUGGAACCUGCGUCACGUUCACCAUAUUGAUUUUCUCCAUGCUUUGCAUGCAUUGUUGCUGUCUAUGUAUCCACAAUACUUAUGUCUUGGAAACAUGACACCUUCUCGACAACUGUCUACCUUAACGUCCAAGCUUUUUCGCUUAUUGUGCAGCCAUAAGUUCAUGGUUUUUCGGCCAUGUGUUCUCGUCCUGUCGUUGCUCAGUCUUGAGCUGGAGACUUAUGUUCCACAAUCAUGGCUUCAACUCACGAUGAUAUUACAAAGACUCACUGAAAUUCCUACAGAACAGUUGGUCCAUUGUAGGGAAGAAUGCAGCCGUCAACUGAGUGCAAAAUUUCACUUGCCCAAGCCACCUGUGCUUUAUGCACGCAGGAAGCGAGUUUGUAUGAAACGUCGGGUUGAGCAAAUUGAAGUGGAUGAGAUAUAUGACUGCAUCAAACAUUUGUACAACGAAGAUGACUUAGCCAAAAGUAAAUCAUCAGACAAAGUCCUUCCGCUAUCUUGCAGCACAGAACUGCGGCAGUGUGUUGAUGAUGUGCCAGUCCAAACUAUUGCUGCCACCUAA